AUGUCCUCUAAAAAGGGCGCCUACGAAACUAAUGCCUCGGACACUGAUUUCCGCAAAAAAUAUGAUCGCGAAGCCAACGUAGCCAAAGCACGCGAGCAAGAAGCGAAAGAAAAAGAAGAAGGGCGUCUACGAUAUGAAGCCAAGCUUGCGGGCAAAAAAUACUACGCGCCUCUUACUGGCGAUGAAACUCUUACAUCUGCGCGCGCAAACCGUCUCGAUGUAUCUGCCAAUGUAGGGAAAACUAUAUUGAUGCCCGCGGGGGCAGCGACGGGCAAGAGAGGAAAGGGUGCGGGAUUUUAUUGUCAGGCUUGUGAUUUGACGUUUAAGGAUAGUUUGCAAUGGGUGGAACAUGAGAAUAGUAUGCAGCAUUUGCGGGCGAUCGGACAGACGGGAGAGGUGCAGAGAGCGAGUGUGGAGGAUGUGAGGAGGAGGAUUGAUGAGAUUUGGGAGAGGUUAGAGAGGGAGAAACAUGAGGAGGUUGUUACUUUGGGAGAGAGAUUGGAGGGGAGAAGAAUUGAGGAUGAAAAGGAAAGAGAGGAAAGGAGGCAGAAGAGGAGAGAAUUAGCUGAGAGAAAGAAGGAGGAAAAGGAUAAGGAAAUUGCAGUCAAGAAGGAAUAUGGGGAGGAUGUCAGGGUGGAAGGCGAACACGAUGAAGACGACAUGAUGGCUAGUAUGGGAAUCGUUGGAUUUGGGUCAUCGAAAAAGUGA